AUGGAGGGUGCAAGUGGCGUGGCGUUCAUGGGAGGCAACCGACUGGGGACUCCAGCGCUAGAGAACCGACUCGGCCCUCCUUCUCAAGGAUACAGAGCUAUGGCGGACUCCGGGGGCUUGAAGCAGCCGCUCUCACACCGAUCUAUUCCCACCAAGAGCAUGUACAGUCCCGAGAUGAACGAGGGGAGCAGAGUCGGAACCCCGGCAAUCUUCACGAGAUCCCCACAAGCGGUCCUGUCGCACAGCCACUCGUUCAAUACAAGUCCCUUUCCUCAGUCGGGAGAACGGGCAACAACUCCCUUCUCCUCCUCCUCCUCCUUCAGGAGGACUGUGUCGACUGGAUCUAGCUCAACACGGUCCUCCCUUCCCCUCGACGCGCUGGCCUCCUCCACCUUCAGCUCUUGGAGUGUGAACAGCUCCGUGGAGAUGUUGACCAUCGACGAAGACGAUCAACUGAAAGCCGAGCAGUUCAGGAAACUAGAUGUUUCAAUGCAGACUCCAAGAAGACAGCUGCAUCGAUCGCUGGCAUCUGUAGCAGAGAGCGAGACGGGAGGAAGCGGCUCCAGGGACAUUUCUAGACCAACUCUCCUUCCUCUUCCCCGACAUGCAGCUCCUGUCCUCGAUUCCACUCCCCAUCGCAUCGGAACCCCGAUUGUAUCAACUAGAGCAGGGGCAGGACGAGCAAGUGGAGUGGAGACACUUCCACACUUUGGUGCAAGUCGUCCGCACAUCUCGUCCCAUGGAAGGCCGCGGUUAGAGCCAAGGGAAAGUCCCAUCAAAUCCCCGUCCGUGUUGACGUCAAGCCCAUUUGGGAAGGAGGAGGCAGGAGAAGUGAAGAAGAAAAUCGCUCUUCCCUCCUGGCUGCAGGAGGAUAGGAGGCUACAGGGAAAGCAGGAGAGUGAGGAAGAGCAGGGCAAGCAUGUGCCUGUGUGGCUCAAGAAGGAGCAGCAGAUGAGCUCUACUGCGCACAAGGAGGAGAAUGGUUACUCGCUCGAUCCUUACAGGGGUCGGCGGCCCGGGGGAGGAGUAGGAGGAGCAGGAGGAGGCGGCGGGGAUUCAUUGCGAUUGCAGAACUCUAGGACAAUGAUCCAGGGAGCGCUGCUGGAGGAAGACUGA